UUCUCUCUCUAAAAAUGGCUAGUCGUUGUCUAAUUCCUGCACAUUUUAUUGUCUUCUUCAUCGUAAGCCGUUUAAUGUCCAUUAUAGGGAAGUUAAGGCGAUCAAACAAUUCACUUGCUUCUGAAAUUCAUUCCCCAGUUAUCGGUUCUAAGCUUUGCUAUGAUCUUGAAGCCAUUGGACUUGCCUCGACCGACUAUGGUAAUAUUGUUCAAGAAAUUCCUUCCGCAGUUCUUUAUCCAACAUCCAUAGCCGAUAUUAUCGAGCUAAUCAAAUUCUCUAACAUAUGUCCACACCCGUUUAACGUGGCAGCACAAGGCCACGGACAUUCUGUGAGAGGACAGGCCAUGGCACAUAAGGGGGUAGUGGUGAAGAUGCCUUCUUUAAAGAAAUACUACGAAAAUGGGAAUGGAAUUAGGGUUUCUACAUCAGGAAAUUAUGCAGAUGUUGGAGGUGAACAGCUUUGGAUUGAUGUACUGAAUACCACACUAGAACAUGGCCUUGCACCUGUUUCGUGGACUGACUACUUGUACCUAACUGUUGGGGGUACACUUUCUAAUGCUGGAAUCAGUGGACAAACCUUCCUCUAUGGUCCUCAGAUUAGCAAUGUUCUUGAAAUGGAUGUUAUUACGGGUAAAGGGGACUUCAUGACUUGCUCCAAAGACAAGAACUCAGAAUUAUUUUAUGCAGUUCUAGGAGGUCUGGGGCAGUUUGGAAUCAUAACUAGGGCAAGAAUUUUCCUAGCAAAAGCACCAAAAAGAGUGAAAUGGAUGAGAAUGCUAUACAGUGAUUUCUCGAUCUUUACAAGAGAUCAAGAACAUCUUAUCUCAAUCGAAGGUCUAGAAUAUUUGGAGGGCUCUCUCAUGAUGGACUAUACUCCUGCAAAUAACUGGAGAUCUUCCUUUUUCUCACCUUCUAAUGAAUCCCUAAUUACUUCUCUUUUAAAGAAACAUGGCAUCCUCUAUUGUUUAGACAUGGUCAAGUAUUAUGAUGACGAGACCAUUAAGUCAGUCGAUAAAGUACGUGUUUACAUGUAGUGUACUCUAUUACAUGUUUGGCCUGUAA